AUGGGCCCUCUUUCUGAUUCUCUGGUGGCCUCUGCAUGGGCCACCAGGGCUACGGGCAUUGACGCGAAGGCAUCUUGCAAUCUUGGAGCUGCCGACAUGGUCAGGCCUGGUCCAGGUCAGGCCCAGCCACCGGCGGUGCGCGAAGCAUCAUCGCUGCAAGGACUGUCCUGGCGAUGCGGCGAUGCGGCGUGUGAAAAGACGCAGGGACUGCGCGCACAAUGUAAUGCAUGA